AUCCAGCAUUUGUUAUUGUCGGCCGCUUUUAGUUUUCUUAGAACAAACCAUCAUGGCUCAGUCAAAUUUAAGAAAUUACCUGCGUUCCCUACGCUGGACCCCCUUACCAGUGGGAGUAGGUCUAGCUCUCAUAGCCUUCCAGCAGUACAGACACACAAGGAAACGUGAGGCAGCUAAAUUAGGGCAGCUGCAGCCAUGUGAUUGCUUAGCAGAGGAGUGGGAAGUGGCAGCAUACAAACUGUUGCCUCUCCGCUCUUUCUCCAGAGCAUGGGGAUGGGUGAAUGGGAUCGAACUUCCAGAGUGGUCAAGAAAGUCUGUGCUUGGAUUCUACGUUCGAGCAUUUGGAUGUAACAUGGCAGAAGCUGAAGUAGAGGAUUUGAAUCAGUAUUCUUGCCUCUCAGACCUAUUUCGACGGUCACUCAAAGAAGGGAUUCGUCCAGUUGACCUCUCUGCAGAAGUAGUCAGCCCAGCAGAUGGAACUGUGUUGUCAUUUGGCACUGUAGAUUGUGGAUCCCUUGACCAGAUAAAGGGAGUGACAUACCCAUUAGGAAGUUUCUUGGACCCCAAUUGCUGGACCAAAGGAGGACCAAUGAUAGUUGAUAGUAAAACUGAUGAUGGUUGUUUCCACCAGUCAUGCUUAAAUGACAGCAACAACAUACUUUACCAUUGCGUCAUCUAUUUAGCUCCUGGUGAUUACCAUCGCUUCCACUCCUCGGCAGAUUGGCAAAUUCAUUUUCGUAGACACUUCCCAGGAGAAUUGCUCAGUGUUAAUCCAUCAAUUGCUGCUUGGGUGAGAGAUCUCUUUAUUUUAAAUGAAAGGGUAGCUUAUGUAGGACGUUGGAAGCAUGGCUUUUUCUCUAUGACAGCUGUUGGUGCCACAAAUGUGGGGUCUGUUAAGGUUUAUUUUGAUGAUGAACUAAAAACAAAUUUAAAUAAAUGGCAAAAGGAUAACUUCUUUGAUAAACAUUUCAAAGGAAAGUCAAUAGACUUAAGUCGAGGGGGCAACUUUGGGGAAUUUAACCUAGGUUCUACUAUUGUUCUUGUUUUUGAAGCCCCUAAAGACACAAAAAUAUGUGUAGAAGCAGGGCAGAAGGUAAAAGUAGGGCAAGCUUUGUUUAGAAUAAUUAAUUCUUAUGUAGGGAAAGCUAGUUCUGAAAUAAAUCAUCCUGGACCUCAGAGGUAAAUAUAUUUGUGAUAGCACAGACAAUGUAUUUAAAUAUUUCUUGUAAAGAUGUUAUCAUAAUAAAAGAUAAUCAAGAUA